UGGUUGUUCCGCAGGAACCCUGGGAAGCCCGGUUCAAAGGCACGACUUCCUAUUCCCACGCGACACUUUCGUACACCCGAAGAGAAGACGACCGGAAAAAAAAAAUAAUCUUGGAAUGAAAAAAUCCUGCAAAAAUUUACACGAAAAUGCCCGUUGACCCGAUCGAAUUCGCUACUUUUCUCGCCUGGGUUAUUCACGGUGCUGAAAAUGCGGGUUGACCGAUGACUGUUCCUAGAUCGAUACGUACGAUUUCAGAGUUCAUCGCAUUUGGCGUUGAGAUUGUUCCCGUGGACUCUGUACUGUGUAGUUUCCGGUCAUUUUGAGGGCAUUGCUGCCUUUUCUUCCUCAGAUUCAGCCAUUUGUGUUAGGAAUGAUCUUCCUGGGUAGCUGCUGGUGUUGAUUCUCUUUGAGAUUGAUGCUGCAAUGGUUGAGAAGAAUGCUUCUAAUGUUGGGUAUGUAGCCCGGAAUUUGUUGCUCUGCCUGUUUCUGGUCACAUCCAUCCUCUUCGUGCUUUCUUGGUUCUUUGUCUUGCAUUCCACCGGCCACAACCGCUUCCUCGACUACGCUUUGCUUCACAAGUCGAUUCUUUCCACCGCGGAUGAUGUAAAUUCCGGAGUUUCAACCCGAGAUAACGUGGAGCAUUACAACGGUGAUCGGCCCGACAAUGUGGACGGUGAGAUGGAUGGGCGAGAGAGAGGUGAUUGUAGGUGCGAGAAGAAGGAAAAGGCACCGGCUUCUCUUAAGGUUUACAUGUACGACAUGGACCCGGAGUUUCAUUUUGGACUGCUAGACUGGAAACCCGAAGGGAAUAGCAAGAGGGUAUGGCCUGAUAUCCAAAAGUAUAUACCGCCUUAUCCCGGGGGAUUGAACUUGCAACACAGCAUUGAGUAUUGGCUAACGUUAGAUCUCCUCGCAUCAGAAUAUCCGGACGCUCCAAAGGCUAAGGCUGCAGUACGGGUUCAUAACUCUAGCGAAGCAGAUGUCGUCUUUGUGCCGUUCUUUUCCUCUUUGAGCUAUAACCGAUUCUCAAAGGUGAAUCCUCACCAAAAAACCAGCCGAAACAAAGAGUUACAGGAAAAGCUGGUUAAGCUUCUGACCGGCCGAGAAGAGUGGAAGAGAUCAGGUGGUAGAGACCAUGUUGUUCUUGCUCAUCAUCCAAACAGCAUGCUUGAUGCCAGAAACAAGCUGUUUCCGGCAAUGUUUAUACUCUCGGACUUCGGGAGGUACCCUCCUACUGUGGCAAACCUUGAGAAAGAUGUUAUCGCCCCUUAUAAGCAUGUCAUCAAAUCAUAUGAAAACGAUAUGUCUGAUUUCGAUAGCCGGCUGAUUUUGCUCUACUUUCAAGGUGCCAUCUACCGAAAAGAUGGCGGGUUUGUCCGUCAGGAACUGUUCUACCUUCUACGAGACGAAAAGGACGUUCAUUUCUCGUUCGGGAGCGUGAAAAACGACGGCGUAAACAAAGCCACUCAGGGAAUGCACAAUUCCAAGUUCUGCCUCAACAUUGCCGGAGACACACCUUCCUCAAACCGCCUAUUCGAUGCAAUCGCUAGCCACUGUGUCCCCGUCAUCAUCAGCGACGACAUCGAGCUUCCCUUCGAAGACGUCAUCGACUACUCCGAAUUCUCGGUUUUCGUCCGUGCCUCGGAUGCACUGAAAGAGAAUUUCCUCAUUAACUUGAUAAGGGGAAUAAGCAAGGACGAGUGGACACGGAUGUGGAAGAGACUAAAGGAAGUCGAGAAGUUCUACGAGUUCAAUUUCCCGUCAAAGGAAGGCGACGCCGUUCAAAUGAUAUGGCAAGCCGUUGCACGCAAAGUUCCGACCGUCAAAACGAGGGUUCACAAAUCUCGGAGGUAUUCUCGGACUGUUACCGGGCCGGAGAAAGAGUUGAGUUCUUUACCGAUACCCAGAAAUUUCUGGUGAACAGAAAACCGGGUUUUCUUCAUAGUUCUGGUCACGAAAGCGAUGAAGAUUUUCGCGUAAAGAAGCCUUAUUUUUCGAUUUCGAAAGCAUUGUCGGUAGAUUUUUCUGAUUCACGAUAGGCAGCAGUCACUGAUCAGGCUCCAGUUCGAGCCCUGCUUUUUGAUCGUUUAUAACCAGAAACGGAAUAUACCAAUGCGUAUCAUUUUUUGGUUC